GGCAUGCUUUAUACCUAACCAUAUUAAAUUAAGACCAAUAUUUACUUUGUGGCUGUGGUAACUAGUGAACCUCCCCAUGCCCACGGAUUUGCGAUGACGUAGAGACAACAAACAGUUGUUCGACUUGAGUAAGCUAAUGCUAGUUAGCACACGGACGAGGAGAUAAAACAGCAUAUUUGCAUUCAAGCACUUCUCGGGAGAACGUCAAUAAGCGGCACGUCUUUGUUUUACAGUAACAAUCGAAAAAGAGAGUAUUGCUCUACAGUUAAAUCAUUUUGGGCACGAACUAAAACAUGCUCCGGACUAUGACGCUUGUUUUUUCCUUGCCUAUUCGGGGAUUGCGAUGCGAGGUGCUCCGGUGAGACCGCGAGCGACAUUAGGAAAUCAUUUUUAAUUUUGUUUUUUUUAAUAGAAUGAUAAACUCGAAAACAAAGCAUUUGGGUCUACCGAAAGGUGCAUGAAACUAAACUGUUCUAGAUGUCAUUGUUGGGUAACUACUUUAGCUAGGUAGCUAGUUUGCUUAAUGCACAAUGCAUAGUAUUUUGCUAACGUAAUGGAGGCACCGUGAGCGAAUUGUACAGUUUUAGCUAGUUAGCCAGGUAACGUUAGCUGGUCACCCAAUAUAUAGUUAGAACGUUAGCUAGCUUCCACAUCCACUUUUAGAGCGCGCUGACGAACAAAAUACAGAAUACUUUAACUAAAAACGGCUAUCUAUGCACUUCAUUAUCUAUCGUGGUUACCUAGCAUUAAAUUAGCUAGCUAAAGAAGUAUAAACUAGAUUGAGACUAGCUACUGUCGAAGGAUAAUAUGUUAUUUCUCGGUUAGGAUUUGUUUGUCACAGUCGUUUGACACACGGUGUGUUGCCUUUAGAUCUUGAUAAUUUGACAACUAUUUACAGUUGCUGGACAUGGGAUAUGGUCGAUUUAUCAAAGGUUUUCUGAAUUACAAUUUCAGGCUAUAAAUAUUCCGAACUGCAGGAACGCAUCACGUAUCAAACCAGUCAAGAAAUUAUAUCUUGAAAUAGUUGUGCAUGUGAGCACAAAUAGCUGUUUUGUCAACCAAUUACUUUUAACACUCAGAAUGCACUUCAUAUUGUCGUUGUUGUCAAAACAAAGUUGUAAACAUUUUCGAUGAAAGUACUUAUUUUACAAAUUGUUAGCUAUUUUAGGAACGAAGACCAGCAUUCAAAGGCUAGACUGAAAUCAACCUUGUGUCAAGUGCAGAGUUCUCGAAUCCCGUCAAAUUGCUAGAUCAAUUGCCAACACUACCUUCCUGGAAAUGAAAAUAUGAAUAUCGAGGAGCAAGCUCUAGAUUUGUGCAAUGUCAAAAUGAAGAGUAAUGUCGAUGACAAUACUACCAAUAACUCGGAAGAGAUCAUACCCCGGAUUUCGGAACUGAUGGAUGGAGACUUGUGCAAACAAGGCAUUGGCACCGAGGUCGCUGACACGUCCUCUCUAGCCAGGCUCACUGACAACCCGCGGGGGGAGGACAACCACUGGUCAAAAGAGACACUGGAAAUCGACGAAGUGAACGGGAAUAAGAACAACAGCGUCCCAAAUACCCCUGCAAUUGUCAGUUCUGACUUUGCCAUUUCUAAUGACGACCAAGAGGAGAGUAUCAAGGAUACAACACCAUCGGCCCUCAUGUUUGCUAUUGAGGAAGGGGAUGAUGGUGGGGAUAUGGACAUUAGUGUGGAUUUGAGCCUGGAUGAAAGUGGCAUGUUGGAGUCAGAACCUACGGACCAGGGACCAUCCCUAGCAGAGGAGACAUUCUCAAGCGGUACCAAUCCAGAUUCAUCUACCCCAGAUGUUGUCACGGACAAGGAACCUGAUAAACCCUCAGAACAGGAGGACUCGCCACCUGUCAUUGCCACAGGAGAGGCCCUCUCUCCAGCCCUGGAUGAGGGGGAUGAUAAACACAAAAAUGGCAAGAGGGUGACUUUUCCUUCAGAUGAGGAUAUUGUCUCUGGAGCAGUGGAGCCCAAGGACCCUUGGAGACAUGCCCAGAAUGUGACGGUGGAUGAGAUUCUCGCUGCCUACAGACAGGCCUGUGUGAAACUCAACUGUAAACUCAUCCCCAAAGUGCUCAAACAGAUGCAGGAGCUGAAAGACCUAACUCAUCGAAACGAAUGCCUGGACCUUAAAGGUGAGAAGCUGGACUAUAAGGCGUGUGAGUCCCUGGAGGAGGUGUUCAAGAGGGUCCAGUUUAAAGUGGUGGACCUGGAGCAGACCAGCCUGGAUGAAGAUGGUGCGUCAGCUCUCUUUGACAUGAUUGAGUACUAUGAGUCUGCCACACACCUCAACAUUUCCUUCAACAAGCACAUUGGCACCCGCGGCUGGCAGGCCGCAGCCCACAUGAUGAGGAAGACGAGCUCUCUGCAGUACCUUGACGCCCGCAACACGCCCCUACUGGACCACUCUGCCCCGUUUGUGGCACGGGCUCUCCGCAUCAGCGGCAGUCUUGCUGUGCUGCACCUGGAGAACGCUGGGCUCUCUGGACGACCACUCAUGCUGCUGGCCACGGCUCUGAAGAUGAACAUGAACCUACGGGAGCUGUACUUGGCUGAUAACAAGCUGAACGGCCUGCAGGACUCUGCACAGCUGGGCAACCUGCUCAAGUUCAACUGCAACAUCCAGAUACUGGACCUCCGCAACAACCACAUACUGGACUCUGGUCUGGCCUAUGUCUGUGAAGGCCUGAAGGAACAGAGGAAAGGCCUGGUCACUCUGGUGCUCUGGAACAACCAGCUAACGCACAAUGGCAUGGGCUACCUCGCAGCUGCACUGCCCUGUACCCAGAGUUUGGAGACCCUAAAUCUGGGCCAUAACUCUGUGGGGAACGAGGGGGUCCACAAGCUGAAGGACGGGCUGAUCUCUAACCGCUCGGUGCUCAGGCUGGGCCUGGCGUCCACCAAGCUGUCCUGCGAGGGUGCCGUGGCGGUGGCUGAGUUCAUCGCCGAGAGCCCCCGGCUGCUGCGUCUGGACCUGAGGGAGAAUGAGAUCAAGACGGGGGGCCUCAUGGCCCUCUCCCUGGCCCUCAAAGUCAACACCUCCCUCCUACGCCUCGACCUGGACCGAGAGCCCAAGAAAGAGACUGUGAAGAGCUUCAUCGAUACACAGCGUUCCCUGCUGGCUGAGAUCCAGAACGGCUGCAAGCGGAACUUCAUCCUAGCCAAGGAGAAGGAGGAGACCGAGCAGCAGAUGCAUUCAGCCUCAAUGGCCGAGAUAGCAACCGAGGACAGAACCGAAGAGGAGGAUGGAGCUGAUUCCGGCGAGCAUGUUGAAAAAGAUGGGAAAGACGGUGAGUGUGAGGGAGGAGAGGAAGGAGUAAAAGACACUGAGAGCCUGACUGACAGCCAAUCGGCAGUGUGCUCUGAGGGAAUAGUGUUGCCUUUGCUGUUGGAGUCAGACUCGGACACAGACGACGAUGAGGAGGAAGAGGUGGUUCUCUCUAAAGCGCCCACCGUCUCCCCUGUCCCCAAACACACUGGCCCUUCACUCCGGGCAGCGACAAACCAGCACCCCCUCAGUGCCUCACAGAUGCCAACCGCUCCCUCUACACCACCAGCUACGGGGGCUUUCAUUUCAGGGAUCACCGUCACGGAGUCCACGGGCCCCCCCGGUACACCCCCUUCGCCGGGCCGCUGUAUCUCUGUGUCGAGCCCCGGGAGGGGCCACAAGAUCUUCAUGGUGACCAGAGUAGAGAGCCCCUCUGACCAGCAGCAGGUUCUGGGGAAGAUUGGCCUGUCCAACCCCCAGGCCUCAAAGGAGCCAGUGGUGUCACUAGUGAAGCAAACCACACAUCGACCACAGCCCCCUUCACAACCCUCACAGGAGGAGGUGAGAACAGAACAGACACAACCCCAGACCACACCACUGACACAGGAGGUGACACAGAGCCUGACAGAACAGACACAACCCCAGACCACGCCCACGCCACUGACACAGGAAGUGACACAGAGCUUGACAGAACAGACACAACCCCAGCCCACGCCACUGACACAGGUGAGACAGAGCCUGACAGAACAGACACAACCCCAGACCACGCCCACGCCACUGACACAGGAAGUGACACAGAGCUUGACAGAACAGACACAACCCCAGCCCACGCCACUGACACAGGUGAGACAGAGCCUGACAGAACAGACACAACCCCAGACCAUGCCCACGACACAGGAGCUGGUCCAGAGUUUAGAUGAAUCACAGACAAUAGAUCCUAAACAGACGGAGCAGAGUCCUGUUGCGCCAGAGGAACCUUCUUCAGAGGAGGCCGUAGUAGAGACUCCUAAUGACCCAUCUGAGACGCUAGAACUACCAUCCAACCUCCUAACCCAACCCACAGAGGAGGAAGUUGAGGGCGUUCUAGACCGUUCGCAACCAAGAACAGCAGCCCAGCCGUCACACACACCGUCCCUUCCUACAGAAGAUGUAGCCACUCAAUCACUAGCAUCACCCCAACAGACAGAGCAGAUGGUAGAGACAACUACAGAGCCCCGGCUAGAACAGUCUGCUGUUGAGCAGCAGUCCACUGAAGCUGUGCUGGAAGGAGAGGAGGCGGUGGUAGAAAAGGAGGCGAGUCAGGACCCAGUAGAAGAGACAAUUUGUAAACAGGCAGAGUCUCAAACCAACACAGAGGAAGUUGAGAUGCAGUCAGAACGGCUUCCACAGCAGGAACAGGCUAGCGACACAGUUCAGCAACCGUUAGCGCCUCAGCUAGCGAUGCAGACUAACACUAAGCCCCUGGGGGGUCUGCUUCUAACAGCACCACUCAAGUCACAGCCUGAAACAGUGCAGCCAGACUCUGAGCUUCUGCCCCCAGAACAGGAACCGGCAGAGACACUUCCACAGGCACACCGACAGGUGGUGCCAGAGAGUCCCUCUGAGCAGGGAGCCACAGAGAGUGAAGCAGAACAGGAACUAUAUCUGUCAGAGGAGGAGCAGCAGCAACUAGCACAACAGGCACUUCCUGUGCAGGUGGAGCAGCAGCAACAACAACGUCCUGUUCUAGAGCAACUACAGCAGCAGCCUCCCCAACCAGAGGGGCAAUCACAGACCACCCUUCCCGCCGAGCCCUCACCUGUUCCAGCCGAGACAGACACUUCUCUGAAGGUGGAGGGCCGUAGCUCCCCUCCCAAGGCAGAGGAGUCCCCAGACGAGAGCUCCACAGACGAGGGGGAGAGCAUGGAGGAGAUGAUGGGCUCGGCCCUGCCCAACGGCCUGAAGCCAGAGUUCGCCCUUCACCUGCUGGAUACCGAGGGCCCCAAGCCUGGGCCUGGCAGCUGUGUGAUGGAGCACGUGAGUGUGACGGCAGAGCUGAGCUGUGGUCAGGAUCUGGAGGAGCUGUUGCUGGAGGCCAGCCUGGAGACUGGGAGAGACGCACCAUAGCCCUGUCAUGGUACACCUACACUAACUACAACGACACAUUUGCGUGGUUCUGUAGGAGAGAGGAACACGGGAACUCGUAUCGUCUGUGUCUCGGUGACUCUUGUUGCUCCUACAAUUUUUUUUUCUUCUCCUGUUGUCAUAAUCCCACAACUCACCACCGCCAUGACAACGGAGGACCAGUUGUCAUCUAAGUAAUACACCUAAAAAAAAAAUAAAAAAAAGACACAACAAUAAUCAUUGAGCUUCAUCACAGCACGUAAUGAAUUAACUACGUCUUCAACCGAAGUGCGCGCACACACAUUUUAAAGAAAGUAAUAAAAAAACAAGAAGAAAGUCACACUAACCUUUUGCCUAUCAGGUAACAGGGAGCUGGGGGGGGAGGGGGUGAGAAAGAGGUAGAGAGGGAAGGAGGGGCUUAAUCACUGCUCUACCCCAAGACACAGGACACACUGCUCACCCCCUGCUCCACCCCGACCUGUGUUCUUGAUAGUGUCGUGAGCGUGCACACUGACACACAACCUUACUAUUGCCCUCUGCUGGAGGAAAGAGAAUGUGCACAGCUGUGUGUGACAGUGUGGGACCCAGCCAAGAGGACCUGCUGGCUUUUUAGUGUGUCAUUCUCUGACAAUGACAGUUGGGCACAGAGGGUUUUAUAACCAAGGAAGGUGUGACAGGAGAAGGCAUUUGUUUUGUGCGUAUUUGUCUUGUUAGUUUUAUUUGCCCCCCCCCCCACCCUCCCCCACCCCACCUCGUAAGGGAUCUCUGCCAAAGUGACCGCUUUCUUUUCUGUUCCUUCCGUUGGCUUUGUCCCCCUCAGGAAUCGUCCCCUCCAGUCUCUCUCCAGCAACGCUCUGGAACAUCCAAACCAUCUGUCAUCUGCCAAAAACACAGUGUCUCAAUCAAAACUUAUUUUGGGAUCAGAUAGCAGAAUUACUCUAAUCUAAAGCCUUCUGGAAACCUCUGUAAAUGUUGGAUAACAAAAUGUCUGCCUUGAUGGAGUAAUGCCAUUCAUUAGAGUAAGUCUUCUCUUCUUUUUUUCCUCCACCGGACAGUUAUCUCAGACAUUCUUUUCCAGACAGAUGUUCAUGUUUGUCCGACCAGAGUGAUUAAAUGUAGUGCGACACUCGAUAGGAGUAUAAAGAAAAAGUAGUUCUGACUUUGUCUUUCGUGUCCUCCCCUCUUUCUUUCAGUCUUCUGCUGGUACAACACUGUGCCAUCUCUUUUCCCAGCUCUACGCAGGAUUAAUGUUGCCUUCGACUCGGCUAGGUUUAAAUUUCAUCUCCUUUUGUUUUGCUGCUUGGAGAAAUCAGUCGUUUGUAUUUAUUUUAUAUGAGCCUUUUACUUUGUGAUUUAUUGUUCUCCCCUUCUCUCCCUCUUUUUAUUAGUUAUUUUCCAUGGGGUUAGCUUUUAAAGAUUUCCCCUCUUUGGUGUAUAUUUCAGAUUCAAAUGAGAGAAAUUAUUACGUUGAGUUUUUUUUGAGGGGGGGGGGAUAAAUGAGACUGCUGGGUGGAGGGAUCAACGGUUAUGGCAAUAGUGAGGGAGAGUGUAGUUAUGAAAAUAAACGAAAAGGACGUUUUCUUAAGGAGGGGCAGUGUGAGUGGUGGUUGACAUCACUGACAACACACUGACUGAGAGACUCCCUGUUUUGAGACAUCACAUCUUAAACACUACUGUGCUAGGUUAAGCUAUGGCCACCUGGGGGCGCUGGGGCUGCUGGUUUUAUCCUUUCUAGAUGUAGAUAUACUGUAUUACCCAACAGCAGUUACUGCUUAAGACUUUUGUAGGCCAGGAGGACAUUGAUUUGAACACAAACAGGUGGGUGAAAGUUUGAGUGGACUUCCCAACAACACUGAGGACAUGUGAGCCCUGAAUGCCCAACACUGUGAACCUAUGGGCCAGCUACCAAGGGCCCUAUUCAACUUGUAUCCAAAAGAUUCCAGGGUAAGGUAAAAACUUGCUUUCUUACAGUGCAAGAAGAAUACAAGUUUGACUCAACCGCGGGAUCCUCUGGAUAUAGGUUUUGGUUGAGUAGAGCCCCUUGUUUCAAUCCCUCUGUUCUUUCACCCCUGGUCAACCAGGUUGUUUUUCAACCCAAAUCCUCAUUGCUGUGCUGCCCUCACUAUUUGUAAUGCUUACAUUUUUUUUUUGUGUCAUUUUUAAUUAUUUGUUAAAUUAAUUGAAAUGUGCUGGUAAUCACAAAGAUAUGUAUGGCAACUUUUUUUGUUCCUCUCUCAAAUAAAUGCAUGUAAUGACUAA